AUGCAAGUUCUCGCAAAGCAAGGGACCAUGCUGGGAACAGUUCAGACCCGCCCCCGUGCCAGCAGCCGCGACCUCGCACCUCUUGUGGCGGCCUUGCUCACGCAGCUGUCCGAAGAACUGGAAAGGUUGGAGGGCGAGAACCAGAGGCUUCACGAGCUGCUGGGCAUCCCUGCUGUCUACGGCAUGGAUCUGGUCUUUUGCCUCAAGCAAGAGAAGCCCGAGCAUCUCGAGGGCGUAGCGCUGGAGACGUGGACCGCGUGGUUGGAGAAAGUGCAGCGGACUUUGCAGACCUUCCGGUGGAUCCAGUUGACCAAGUUGGUUGGGGGCAUCUCACUCAUCGUCUGGGUCUUCGCUUGCUUCCUGGUCUUCGUGCUGGCCUUCAUGACGCUGACGGAAGAUGCGACCUGGGUCAGCAUCGGUGCCCUCAUGGCUGGCGUGGUGAUGUGUGCCAUCGCGCCGACGGUGUUCCUCUGUCUGGUGUGCUGCGAGACGAGUGCCAAGGACAAUCUCAACCAACUCUGCUCGGAACUGGCCACCGAGAAGCCAGGGCUGUCGGUGAGGGUGGAUGAGAAGGCGUGGAUGGGAGGGCGGAGGCGGGAAAGCCAGAAGUACAUCGUCAUUUCGAAGCGCGAUCCCGUUGGUGGCCAGGAUUUCGGCGAUGACCCAGAACUUGGAAAUAACCAGGAAGCGUAA